AGAUAAUGAAAGUUGUGCUGUUGUGAUAUUUUAGAAAAUUAUAUAUUGCAAAAGUACAGUGAAAUUUGAUCGAGUACAUAAGCAAGUUUAGACAAAAUUCUUAUCAACCAGGAAAUCAAGCCAGAAACACAUAAAAACAUAAUUAAGAAAAAUAAAUAAUAACUUUCCGCUUCUGGUGGAUGGAUCUUCAUUUGUUUUUGAAAUCGUUUUUAGUGAAAUGCUAUGUUAAUUCGUGAUUAUUUAUCGUUUCGAGCGAGUUAAGUGUUGUGGCCACUCGGUAUUUUUCUUUUUGAGAUAAUAUAGCUGUAGCAUUCCACUUAAUUUUUGAAUAUGGUGUCGGAAAUCCAAACCCAACAAAGAAACCCGAUGGUUUUCUUAGAUAUUUCAAUAGAUGGAGAAAAAGAAGUUCAUAGGGGCAAGGCCAUUGGGUUGUCAGGUGCAUAAUUAAUUCAAUGCAACAGUUGCAUCGUUUACCUAAAAGCCCACUGUUUCUCUGUCCUGUGUGACCGACACGUCAUAAUUACUUUUUAAUCAAUACAGAUACUCUCUUUAAACAAAGCGGGUCGCAUUGUGAUAGAACUACGUAAGGAUGUGGUGCCCAAGACCACAGAAAACUUCAGAGCAUUAUGUACAGGAGAGAAGGGAAUUGGUGUCUAUGGAAAACCCUUACAUUAUAAAGGCUGUAGAUUUCAUAAAGCUAUAUCACAGUUCAUGAUUCAAGGCGGGGACAUAAUUACUAGCGACGGAAGCGGGGGUGAAAGUAUAUACGGUCCCACAUUCGAAGAUGAAAACUUCAAAUUAGUGCACGACUCCGGUGUCCUGAGCAUGGCGAAUGCGGGCCGGCCUCACACGAACGGUUCCCAGUUCUGCAUCACGACGGUGCCGUGUGCGCACCUAGACGGGACCAAUGUGGUCUUCGGACGGGUGCGGGCGGGGCUCGGGCUGGUCUAUGAGAUGCAGCAACUCAGCGGAGAAGAGUGCAGGCCUAGUGUGGAGUGCGUGAUAGAAGACUGUGGGGAGAUAGUGGGUGACAAGUGGGACGUGCACUGCCGGGACGGCACGUCCGACACAUUGCCGGAGUACCCUGAGGAUUACCGUCUCAUGGAUCACCUUAGUAUAGAACAAAUAACGCGUAGCAUAAGAGAAGUGAAACACAGCGGUAACAUACUGUUCGGUGACGGGAGAUACAAGGCGGCGGUGCGGAAGUAUACUAAAUGUCUUCGAUACCUGCACUACGUCAAGGAUCGAAUAGAACAGAUCAAGGACGAGGAGCAGAUUGAGACUUUCUACGAGACGUCGAUAACGUUCACGCUGCAGUGUAACCUGAAUUUGGCCGCGUGCUACAAGAAAAUAGAUAGAUACCAAUCUUGUGUCAACUGCUGUACGGAGGUACUUUACAUAGACCCUAGAAACGAGAAAGCGCUAUUCAGACGAGGGCAAGCGCAAUUCGCAUUAAAAAACUACGACGCCGCCUUAUCGGACCUCCGGCAGGCUGAAAAAGUGUCCCCUAAUAACCGUGUGGUUAAAAAACUAUUAGACGAAGUGAGACAAGCCAAUAAACACUAUAAUGACACACAAAAAGAAAGGUUGUCAAAAUUUUUUCGUGACCAAACGGAGAAGAUCCCGAUCGCGCACCACUGAACUAAGGCUGAAAGUUGCUAUUUAUAAUAUCGAUAGGUUGUAAACCGGCCUAGUACGUAACCUGUUCAUUGUUUACGCUUAAGAACGCACUUUAGACGCGGUUUCGUACGAAUUUGUAUCGUAUGUGAACGUCUUAAGACAAGAUGGAAAUUAAAGUGAAAAAUACCGGACAAAGAUCUGUCUCGUACGGGCGGUUCUUGUCAAGCCUGGACAAGCGUGUUUACCAUUACACCACCGGGUCCUUAUCCUGUCCAUGCCAUCGAUCUAUGUCCGAUAUUUGAUUUUUAUCGUCAUUAUGCCGAUGCCGGCGCCAUCUAACCGAAGGAUUAAGUAUUAAUAUACUACUCAUCAAAGAAAAUCUAAAAUCUAAAUACCUUAUAAUACCCAUUGUAAAAUUAUAUUUAUAUUUUAUUCGUAAUAUUCAUAUAUAAUAUUCUUACAAAAUAUAAAUUAGUGAGGUGUUUCGAUUUCUUUGUCCGAAUACUUGUCUAUGACGACAAACUCGUACGAAAAACGCGCGUCCAGAGUACGAUUGGCCUUAUACGUACUAAAGUAAAGUGCCGGUUCUGUGCAGCAAGCAUUAAUGUUAUCAGUGUAGGGUCUUUCAGCUGAAAUAAUGAGAGGAAACACUCAAAAUGUAAGUAAACACAUACAUACACACUCACGCCGAUUUCCCACUGGUGUAAGCAGAGAUAAUUCCAUUUGCAUCGAAGCAAAUUCGAAAUCGAAAACUUUUCUGACUGACUGAAACACUUUUCUUGCUUCCACCACAUGCAUCAAUUGUUUCAUACACGCACGUCGGUUCGGUGUUAGUAAAACCUUCCACGUAACGUUAUAGAUAAUGAUAAAUAAUAUAUGGGAUAUAGCUCUAAAUGUGAAUUAAUUGUGUAGAAUAUCUGCUGAAGAAAUAGACGCAAUGUUAGUCACUAACAAUUUUAAGUGUUCGUAAGUGUUCAAGUAUAAAGUUUUGAAAUAUUUACAUAUAGCUAGUUGUACAAUGUUAGAAAUAAUCAUAGCGCCCUUAACUUUCGUUUUGGACCAAAAAUUAAUGGAGCCCGUGGUCUAAACGGGAGAAGUCAUUGAAGCAAUUCAUCUAAAAAGUAAUAUUGAUAGAUAGAUAGAUAAAAACAUUUUUUUGUCUACAGACACACAUGCAUACAAAUAAAAGAUUAUAUUGCUACUUGACAUUUCAAUCAAUCAAUCAAUAAUACUUUAUUGCACAACGACAUAUACAAAAGACACCAUUAUUGCCUUAUUGCUAAAUAGCAAUUUCUACCAGGCAACCUUACACAAACGCACACACAUUGACAUUUGCGCAUAUAAAUAGCAAAAUAAUGUUAUUUGUCUUUAAAAGAAAUAGCUUUUUAGGUGAAAUGGUUCAACGUGGCCCUUUUAGACCACAGGCUGCAUUAAUUUUUGAACCAAAACAAAAGUUGAGGUCUCUGAUUAUUUUUGACAUUAUAGGUACUUUGAGUGUUUUCUCUACAUUCCUUUAGUUUCACGGAUACGUGUAGGUAACUCCUCGACAUCUCUACGCAUAUAAUGGCGGCUGUACAUUCUCAAAAGCGGGGGGCGGGGCUUAAAAAUCAAACCAUCAUACCUGGGGCCUGUUUAAUAAAACUUACAAUUGUAAAUUACAACGAAAAUUUGAUGUCCAUUACGUAGCUAAUAUGAAACUGCAAAAUAUUCGUGAUCACACAUUCCGCAAUGUACAUCAAAUUGUUAUUGUAAUUUACAAUUGUAAGUUUUAUUAAACAGGUCCCAGGCCUUUAUUGCUAUAAAGGUAUAAAUCGGCGCGCGCUUUUUGUCGCUUACCGUUAUGUUAACUUAUCUACGAAACAGUGUAAGAGAGGUAUUACAUCUAAGAUCUACCCAUUUUUCGUCAAUCACAACUUUAUAUCCAAAAAUCUACCUUAUUAUUACUACACUGUGAUCGUUAUUUCUAAGCUUGUAUGCUGUUCGUACCACGGUAAAACCAAGAUCACCCAUAGACAAAAUUAUUGACGACGAAGUUUAGUAGAAAACUCCUUACAAAUAACAAUCGUAGUGCAGUAAUUAUAAGGUCGAUCUUUCUAAACUUCGUCGGCAAUAAUUUUGUCUAUGGGUGAUCGUGGUAUUUCCACGGUAAAACCAAGACCAGCAUACGACCCUACAAAUAACGAUCACAAUGAUAAUAAGGUCGACUUUUGUUUGAAUAAAAAGUCAUGAUCAACGAAUGUGGGAUAGAUGUAAUAUCCCUCUAAGUGGCUAAGCAUAGACAAAUAGCGACAUACAACCAAUAACAUCGUAACAAGUGAGUAUGUUUUGUUUUAAGUGAGUUUUGUCGUCAAUAAUCAACUGCAGCAUUAUGAAGAGACUGCUUCCGUUGACCGCUCGGAACGCCUUGGGGUAUCUCGCCGAGAGUGCACAGCCUCCAUUAAAAUCCCAUGUCACGUCGUAUAUCUAGAUAUUCUACUCUCUAGUUUCCACCUAUUGGUGCGUGAAGAUACAUACAAUUUACGAUGAUAUAGCAUGAGGAAUUGUAAAAUUGUGUACACAUUUGUAAAUAUUCGUAUUGAUAUUCUACGUAAAUGGUGCCACAAGUAAGUUUAGAAUCGAACUGGUAGACAAAGUCUCUGAAACCUCUUUUUGGACCUGUAACAAUGUAUUCUAGAUUUGCCUUAAGGUCGUAAGGCCGGGAUGCCUUUUAAAAUCCAAGUCUCAUUGUAAUAUUGUCUGGAAAUUUGGGCUUCACUAGGUUAAACGGAAUUCACAACUUGAUUAGACAAUAAGGGAGUGAAAUUUGUCGUCCUUUUGCCAUUUAAGUGUCAUAGUAAAUGAGACGCUACUACGCGCUAUAGUCCGUUAAAUGUGGGAUGACCAAUUUGACAGCUGUCAGAAAAAUAAGGUUUCCGUAGGAUGUAAAUGAGGGACUUUCCAGGCUAUGUUCCUCAAACACAAUAUAGAUGGCGCUGUACAUAUUUAUCUUCGUUUGACCUUCUAAUUUCAUGGAUAACAGACAUAUUUUUUUAUUAUUAUAUUUUAUGCAUCUUUUGUCUUUGUUUUUGGGUAUAAAUGAUGACCCUUUUUAUUACAACUAGGCACAAUCACAUCUUCUAUUCAUUAUUAUUCUGAUGAAAAUAAAGAGAAGUAAUAGGUAGGAAUGGCGAUUACUCCACCGACAAGAGCGCAGCUCUUAAAUAGAGAGAGAGAAUAGGUAGCAACGUAAUUCUAUUAUAGCAACAUUUAUUUUUAUAAUAUGCUUUUGCCGUUACAUUGUAUUUUGGGAUAAUUUAUGUACCCGAGUAAUGAGAAAAUAGCUAAUUAUCACUUUAAAGCUGUACAACGCCAUCUAUACUAUAGUUUUUGGUGAACGUAGCCUGGAAAGUGUCUCAUUGUAUUUCUGUCCUGUUGUUGGAAACUGGUUAAAAAUUAGAGUCCCAGUUUCAAGUAAGGGAAAAGAUAUUAAUAAUACUUAACUGGUGUUACGAGAAUAAGGACGGAGAUCGGGUUUCCUAAACCGGCGAAGGCGUCUAUUAAUCUUAUUAUAUUUAACAGACUAUUGCACGUACAUAAAUGUCUACCAUACUCCUUUCAACGUAGCAUGAUUAAAGUGAUAUAUCUUCCGUACUAACCAAGAGACUACUGGUUAAAAAUGGUUAUAGUUAUCUGUCGUGUCUUUCGCUCUAGGCGAUAUACUAUAGUUUAAUAAGGUGUCCGCUUACCUAACCUGAAGAUUUGACAGGUCCGGUUUUUUACAGAAGCGACUGCCUGUCUGACCUUUCCUUAAUUGACUUCUGUUAUGCUACAUCUCUGUCCCGCUGUCAUUCUAAUCAUGCUACAUUGAAAUGGGUCAAUGAUAUUCUUUCCUUCAGAGAGGCCUGAAGAUCGCCCCGAACGAAGAUAAAGAAUGGCAAUAAAAAAAAACAGAUCAAAUCAAAGACAAAACAUCAAACAAUUCACUUAUAUACCUUUUUUAUUUUUGAUUACUUCAAAAAUUCCAUGCUUCUGCGUAGAUGGAACUAUAAGUCAGGUUAUCUUCGGAAGAUACCAUGAUAUUUACGUAGUAGUAAACUCGGUCACGACGAAUAAACAGGUGAAAAUUAAAUGAUAAUUAUAAUAAUAAAAUAUGUGAUUUAGAUGUAAGUAUGACUAAUGUUAAGCUUGAUAUGAACGGUCUGCAUUUACGUCACAAAUAUUUUGUAAGUAUGCCUUAAUCAUGCACUUAUAUUGUUACGCACAGAGCCGUGUAAACAGGACCAGUAUGGGCAUAAAAUGAAGAAUGAUACCCGUAUAGAACGCUAACUAUCCGCCCCGCAACAAUUCGUUUCGAUGCCGAGCUAGGUUUAUCUCAACACCUCCGGGGCUUACUUAAUCUAAAUGGCCGUGACACGCACAGAGUAAUGGAAGAAAGAAGGUAUUGGGAGCGCGCGUGAACUGUCUGUCUCGCUCACACUUACACGAUAAGAUUGAAAUUCUUAUAUGGAGUGUCCAGGGCGUAAAACCCGUAAAAAAACCCGCGCCGCGUCCUUGUUUGCCGGUUCUGUGUACACCAAGAAUUAUUUAUUGUAAUAGCGGAUCGCUAGUUUAUUUGAAAAUAAUUAAAAAAAAAAAAUAAAAAUACUAAGUUCUUUUACAACAUAGCUGGCGAGGAUUGGGUGUAUAAAUUGUACGCCUGUUACCCCUUCGGGGAUACAGUGAUGUUAUGUUAUAUUCUUUCAGAACUGCAAACGAAACUAAAAUUGAGUUUCAAUAUUAAUUUCUUAUAAUUGGCUCGAGUAAUUUACUCAACUGUUUUUGCAUUUUUAUACAUGAUUUGACAAUAAUUUUAUAUGUUGCAUGAGUGUUAAUUUUAAGUACAAUAUGUGAUGGAAACGCUACCUACCUUUAGUUUUAGCACACUGCCAUGUGGGUUUUUAUUUUGUAUAUGUCACUGAUUAUGAAUUUUACAGGUAGAUCUAUAAUUUAGUAAUCAAUCACUGAUUUCUUUUCAUUCUCGACCUUGUAUUAUACUCCAUUUUUUGAUUAGAAAGAAGCAUAAAGUGUUUUAUAGGGCACGUUUUAUAUGGCGUCCAUUUUUCUAAUUAGGUGUUAGAAUUAACAUCGUAAACACCUCUCUGUCAUGUUACUUUGCCACUUAUCCAUGAAAUUAGAAGGUUAAACGAAGGAAUUUUUUUACUAUUUUUUUUAGUGACAUCGUAACGAAUACUGAGGGGGAUAAUUCAGACCACGAUACUAGUUAAUAUGUCUGAAAAUUCAUGAAAACUUUAGUGUUUUUUUAAAUUAUUUUCCCUUCCAUACUUUUGCGACGGAAAAUUCCACUUGAUAUCAACUCAGAAUCAUGGCGUGAAUCAUCCCUCAAAGUUUUCAUUACGAUAUCACUAACACCCUGUAUAUUGUUUUUGAGGAACGUGGCCUGGAAAAUCCCUCAUCAACUUCGUAAGCCCAUGACAUUUUGACAUCACGAACAUCACUGCUGAGGGUUGACGACUACUGCUUCUGUUUAUAUUUCUGAAAAAAAAAUUGAGUAUAUACCAUGGACAUUGCUGGUCAAAGGCCUUCCUUGAAGCUAUUGAAAUUGCAACCUUUUUGUUUUUAUUUACCUUGCACCGCUAAAGGUUACUUCUUUACUCCUUCUUGAGAUUUAAUCACUUAACACAUUUCAUUUUUGAGAAUAAUAUUAAUUUCUACAUCGCUUAUUUUCGUUUUACUUUGUGACUAAUCGUUACUUAGGUGUAUAUACCGUUUUAAUGAUGAAUUGAAAUCAUGUAAAUGUAUUUUAAGACUGUAUAGAAUGUUUGCAUGAUUAUUUUUGUAUUAUUGAUUUAUGACAUUGUCAAUUGUAAAACGAAUUUUAGUAUAUAAGCCCUUGAUAAGCCCUAACCGUAUGCGGCCGUUCUCCACCAGUCACUGGUUUAUAUAACGUUUUAACAUAGCAAUGUAUACGUCCAGUUAGUUAGUUGCGUCUCUUUCUAACACAUGCAAAUUGUUUGAUAUGUCCCUUUCUGAUAUCAUAAUCGAAUUAAUUCGGGUAGUUGACAAGAAUGAAAAAUGUACCAUUUUAUAUUGCAAAAUGAACAAAAAAUUAUAGCCAAAUGUGAAAACGGGGGUUAAAAAAGUCACAUCGAAGUAAUUUAUUUAAAACAACAAUAUUGCAAUUUGACAUUUGCGCGUAUAAAAGUAAAUGCGCAAUGCACUCAAAUGUCAAAUAGCAAUAUUGCUUUUUGAGAUGAGGCUUGGAUGUGGUCUUUUUAACCCCUAGGUUUCAAAUUUGUAGAAAAAUGAAAUAGAUGCCUUCCGAAAUCAAAAAGAUAGAAAGAAAUGGCAAUAGGAACUCGUGACGUCACAUGUUCCUAGUGCGAUAUCAGCUGUAUACAAAUACCGUUGUGCUCGAACGGAUUUAAUAUUAACUUCAGCGUGUUCACGUGAGAUUGAUGAAAAAAAACAGUCAACUACCACAUUGGCGAGAAUCGAUAAAGACUUAUAUCCUAAUUUAAAAAAAAACCGGUUAUACUACUGUACAGUCAUGAGCAAUAUAAUGUACCCACUUUAGGACUCUGUCGCACUAACAUAUUUGACAUUUAGUGAGACUUACAGUUCAAUUUGUCAAAAAACUUAAUGCGACAUGGUACCAAAGUGUAUACAUAUUAAUGCUCGUGACCGUACGUGUGUUAGCGUAAUAAACGUCGUAAGUUUGUUUUAGCGUUGGACCGACUAUUGUCAGUCGUUGACGCCACUAAUAGGUGAUAGCAUCCAAUGUGAUGGUGCUUUAGACAUUAUGUUUGAGUGCCAAAGGGUUAGCUUAGCGGGCUAAGUAUGGAUAAAGUGUUAGUUUGUAAGUACAACCGAAGUAAUGAUCUCAAACGAUGAAACGAAACAUGUGUUCACUAGGCGACCGUAUUCAGCAACCGUUGUUACUGCCUCAAUCAAAUUGAAGCAAUUUGACAUUUGUGCAAACACAAGUAAGCGUGCAAUGUAAACAAAUGUCAAAUAGUUGUAUUGCUUAUUUAGAUGAGUUGCUUCAAUGUGGCCUUUUUAGACCUCCAGUUUAUCGAUUUACCGCCUUACCAAUACAAACAAUAAAACAUAAACAAGCGGUGAACGUAUAAGUAUUCGACAGAAUUAUCUAAUAAUUCGAUUGAAAUUUGCUUCAAAUACACAAGUUCACCACAUUUUUUGGCAAGUCGGUUAGUUUGCGGCAGAUAUAAAGGUUUUGUAACACCAAGCGGAUCGUUGCUUCCAUGUAUUUGUUCGGGUUGUUCUUAUUUUUUGUCGGUCAAAAAGUUGUUCAUUGUUUUGUAUGAUAAAUAAUAAUAACACACAUAAUAAUAUAAUAAUACUAGUUUUGCUUUUUGGAAUUUUGGCUUGUUGAAUGUGACGUCACUCAAUAUCGUCGCUUAGUGAAUGACUUCGUUAACAAAGUGAUUGUUUAAUGUUUCAACACCAACAGUGAUAUGUGAGAUAAUGAGAUUAUACUAUUGUUAGCAAAUGGAUGAUUUAUUUAAAAGGCGGCAUACACUUGUUCGGGUCGGCAUGGCAAGAAAACAAGAUAUAGUUUUGGAACUGUCAAUAGAAAUAACGGUGCCGAAUCGAAAAAACUAGGUCUGUCCCUUUCCUGCACUUAUCGUGAGAGAAGAAUGACAUUGAUUUACGAGUGUCAAGACUAAACUAAAACUAACUAUAUGGUCCAGCAAAACGUAACUUGCUUAAAAUUACAUGUUUUGUCUCUUUCACUCCGUUAGUUCUUGGUUCACCAGGCGAUGUACUAUGUUCUACUGUCAUUCUUAUCAUGUUGUUUGUUGGACCAUUAGUUUGCUGCAUAAUUCUAAAAUCAAUCUUCUUCUAUCGUGUGGGUUGUGAGGUGAAUUACCAACCUCAUCAAUCCUGGUGUCAGGGUUAUUAUUGAGCCGCCAAAGGCCCCUAACAUGGCUCAUGUAACGAUUACUCACUUUCAUCAGUAAGUAGUAACCGGGACCAACGGCUUAACGUGCCUUCUGAAGCACGGAUCAUCUUACUUUUGGACAAUCAGGUGAUCAGCCUGUAAUAUCCUAACCAAACUAGGGAUCACAAAAUGAUUUUUGUGAUAUGUCACCGCCGGGAUUCGAACCCGGGACCUCCGGAUUUUGAGCUCAACGCUCAGCCACUGGUCAACGGAGGCCGUUGUUCUAAAAUCAGUUACAUAAAGUAAAUGUCAUCGCUCUAAAUAAAAUAUUUAUAGUUAUUUCCAGGGUAUAGACGGCAGAAUCGAUCCAACCAAUAAGGGUAUUACAUAUUCCACUUGGCAUUUAAAAUCUGGUAAAAAAUAAAUGACACGUGUAGCCGUAGCAUGUUGCAUAACGCGCAUGAUAAGUGAGACAAUACAAUUUUUAAUCGGGGAGCGUUGGUUCGUUCAUGCGAGCUCCAUAUUACAGCAACUGAUCUUAUAAUCUCACAAAAACCGAACAUUAAUGUCGACCCGAAUAGAUGUCUGUACUUAUCCUAAACCAAACUAUAUUAUAUGUGAAUCUGCUCUCUAGUAGAUUUUUAACAGUAUUUGGUUUUGUAUUUACAAUGUGAAUUACACCAUGUAUCACGCAGAUUAAACAUAAAAGGUGUUCGUUUAGUUAUACAUUUUUUAUCAUUACAUACUGUUUUAUUUA